GGGCCGACCAGAUAACUUUUUGGACGACCCAAAUCUCAAGGGUUCUAAUAAAAAUUCUACACCGGAAAAAGUACAUAUAAAAAUAAAAACAAGACUCUCACCGCAAAUGGUAAAUCUUGGGAGCUACGUUUUCGUCUUUGUCUCGUUGUCUCUCGCAGUCGUGGUUCCAUCGGUUCAAGCCCACAUCGCUGUUCAUGAUGAAUACUGGACGCAACGUCAAACCGAAGCGUUGCAACAAACUUUGGAAGCUUAUGACCCUGAACCUCUUAACGUCACAGACCACUUUAACCACCAAGCCGCCUUGGCCAUGGUGCCGACGGGUAUAGUCAACGAAACAAGGAGGGAACUCCGUCAGGUCGGACGUGGUAAUAAAAAACCAAGACGUGGCAGAAGGUAUGAAUCCCUUAACGCGAUUGAUAAAUGCUGGCGAGGCGAUAAAAACUGGGACAAAAACCGGAAAAAACUAGCAGAUUGUGUCCUUGGAUUUGGCCGCAAAACAACCGGAGGCAAAAAUGGACCUUUCUAUGUAGUCACUGAUCCGUCGGACACCGAUCUAAUGAACCCAAAACCGGGAACUCUAAGAUACGCCGUGACAAGGGACAGACCACUCUGGAUCAUAUUCGCGAGAAGCAUGAUCAUAAAACUGCAACAAGAACUGAUCAUAACGAAUGAUAAAACAAUCGACGGCCGGGGAGCAAAUGUUCAUAUAACCGGGGGUGCAGGUUUAACGUUGCAGUUUGUGAGGAAUGUGAUCAUACAUAAUAUUUAUAUCAAACAAAUUAAAAAAGGAGCUGGUGGGUUGAUUAGAGACUCCGAGCAUCAUUUUGGGCUUCGGACAGUGAGUGAUGGUGAUGGGAUUAAUAUUUUUGGUGCCACGAAUGUUUGGAUCGAUCAUGUCUCGAUGACAGAUUGUUCUGAUGGGAUGAUUGAUGCGAUCAUGGGAUCGACCGCUAUCACUAUUUCCAAUUCCCAUUUUACCGACCAUGACGAGGUGAUGCUGUUUGGGGGUACAAACAAGGAUGUGAUCGACAAGAAAAUGCAGAUAACAGUUGCGUUUAACCAUUUUGGUAAGAGAUUGAAGCAAAGAAUGCCAAGGGUCAGAUAUGGUUUGGUCCAUGUUGUGAACAAUGACUACACUCACUGGGAAAUGUAUGCAAUUGGUGGAAACAUGAACCCGACCAUUAUAAGUCAAGGCAAUCGUUUCAUUGCUCCUCCUAUUGAAGAUUCCAAGCAGGUUACAAAGAGAGAGUACACACCUUAUCCUGAAUGGAAAACAUGGAACUGGCAAUCAGAGAAAGAUUAUUUCUUGAAUGGAGCUUACUUUGUGCAAUCGGGGAAGGCAAACGCGUGGAGCACUGCCCCGAAAAACCCAAUCCCAAGAAAGUUUGCAAUCCGGCCUCAGCCAGGAACAAAGGUCAGAAGACUCACCAAGGAUGCUGGUACGCUUGGCUGCAAACCAGGCAAGUCCUGCUGAUAAAAGCUCCACUUUCGUCC